GUUGCCGUGUGUGGAUUUAUUAAAUCGUUUUUCUAGUUUUGUGCAAUAAACUGAAAUGGCUGAUCCGUACGCAUCGGGCGACUACAGCGGCGGUGGCGGUGGCGGCGGUGGCUAUACUCAAUAUUCGAUGCCGCCGCCGUCUAUGUCCUCUGGUGACAAUAACUACGGAGCUGGACAACAAGGCAAUUACAGCCAGCCCAGUUACGGAGGCCAAAAUCCAGGUCAAGAUUGGCAACAAAGCUCAGGAGGAAGUUAUGGAAAUAAUCAAUCUGGAAACAAUUAUGGCCAAAGUUACAAUGCCAACUAUGGCGGUGGCGGCGGCGGCGGCGGCGGCGGUGGUGGCGGCAGUGGUGGUGGUUAUGACCGCAAUAAUGGUGGAGGAUACAAUGUGAGUAGCGGCGGCGGCGGCGGCUACGGCAGCGGCGACCGCGGCGGCAGCUACUCGGGUGGAGAUCGCGGGGGAUACGCCGGAGGUGACCGACCAAGCUACAAUAGAGAUGGGGGGAAUAGAGAUGGUGGAUAUGGUGGCGGCGGCAGGGGGGGUGGUUUUAAUAAAGGUGGAGGCGGAUUUGGCGGAGACCGGGGUGGGGGUGACAUGGUGACACAAGAGGAUACCGUCUUCAUCCAAGGCAUGAACCCAGCUACCACUGAGGACGAGCUCUGUGAAUAUUUUGGCUCCAUUGGGCUUAUCAAGACUGAUAAGAAAACUCAACGGCCGAAAGUUUGGAUGUAUAAAGACAAAGCUACCGGUCAGCCUAAGGGCGAAGCAACCGUGACUUACGAAGACUCCAAUGCCGCAUCUUCAGCCAUCCAAUGGUUCGAUGGAAAAGACUUCAAAGGGUCCACACUCAAAGUGUCUCUCGCCCAAAGGCAAAAUACUUGGGGAGGAAAUAAAGAAAGGGGUGGUGGCGGUGGUGGAUUUCGAGGCGGUCGAGGUGGUGGCGGCGGAGGCGGACGCGGAGGUGGUGGUGGUGACAGAGGAGGCGGCGGCGCGGGCCGAGGAGGGGGCCCACCUUCCGGUAAUCGAGCCGGCGACUGGAGAUGCCCUAAUCCCAGCUGCGGAAAUACCAACUUUUCGUGGAGAAAGGCCUGCAACAGAUGUAACGAGGCAAAACCGGAGGGCGCCGGAGAAGGCGGCCCGUCUGGUGGUGGCGGCGGCGGGCGUGGCGGAGGUGGACCUCCAGGUCGCGGUGGACGAGGUGGGCCCCGCGGUGGCGGCGGUGGCGGCUGGGGCGGCCGCGGAGGCGGCGGCGGCGAUCGUCGCGGUGGUGACCGUGGGGGCGAUCGGGGCGGCGACAGGCGCGGCAGUGGUGGCGGCGGCUACGACCGCAGCAACGCGGGCGCUAUGAGAGGAGACGGGGGUAGAGACCGACAAAGACCGUAUUAAAUAAUUGUACAUAUUUAUGUUUCCCAUGAUAGAUUUUGUCUUAUUUCUCUUUUGACUGAUUUAAACAAACAUAAUCAUUUUAUAGUCAUGAACUUCUAGGCCACAUCUUUACAUCAUAUAGUAACUUCUAAAUAUAAGUAUUGACAUUUUUGUAAAACUGAAAUAUAUAAUAUAAGUUGUUGUAUGUGCUUAGGUUACUUAUCUACUCGUAUAGCUGACCUGCAUAACCCAACAUUUAUGUCAUUAAAUUUUUAAAAACAAUAUCAGUGAAAUAAAUAAUUUAUAUACAUUUGUGUUACGAAACGAAAUAGAUACCUAGAAAUUGAAGCAUCUGUAGGUAUUUACAUUAUUAUAGGUUUAAGGCGUAUGUUAUAAAUUCUUAACAAUUUCCAAUAGUGUUAAAUCAUAAAUGCUUUAGAAAUAAUUAUCUAGUUCAUGUCUUGGACUCGAUAACACCAAAUAAUGUACUGGUUAUUGUCUGAGCGCACGGUAUUUUUAAGUUUUGAGUCUAAACUUUUGAUAAAUGUUCAAUUAGCUAACUUGUAAGAAUGGAAUCCAUAAUAAAAUGUAA